CUCUGAUCAAACCAUUUUAAAACAAAAUGGAAGGACUCAUGAGAACACACAAAGGUAAAACUUACCUAAACAACUUCACAGAGGUCAAACGUGUUCAAAGAAGUUGUUGCUUUACAGGAAACAAUAGUUGCUAUUUAUUUUGCAAACUAAACAGCGGCUUCAGUGAGUCGUCUUUUCUGGUGGUUUCCCGUCUAGAGGGGAGAAGUUCUGCGUGAACCGCAGGGUGAGGAGGAACAUCUGUCUUCCCGUUUGUUGUGAGACAACGCUGCACUUAAAUCCACGCCACAACUUUGAGAUACAAUGCAGGACUUACGGUCCAGUGCUCUGUAUUUGCUUCUUUGUGCUGAGUGAUGCUCAGGCUACCUGCUGUCUUUGGAGUGGUGCAUACAACAAGGGAACGCUGAUGUCAAGUUCCCUGUAUGUCUGACAUAUUUUGGCAAGAAUUGUUCCUGGUUCCUGACAAUGAGAGAUGCUGGAUAACAACACCUUAAAGCGUUGUUUGAAGGAAGUUUGAAGGGAAAUGUUCUUUUUCUUCCUCCUACGCUUGGCCUGAACUUUUUCCUCAGAACACUCGGUCUGGUAGUGAUGAAAGAGGAUAUUGGAAAAAGGUUGUGAUCAGGGGGAUGAUUCAGGGAGAAAGUUCAAUUCUUUCUGGCGGUUUUAUCCCGGGGUAGUAAUCUGUAACCUUUUUGCGGCUUAUUGAAACACUGCAUUACUAAACAGAUGUAUUUGUCUCAAUAGCUGACCUUGUAGUGAGAUGCAAGCGUACAUGAAUUCAUUCAUGAUCCAACAGCCCAUUAAAAUCCUCUCUGUUAACCUUUUGCAUGUACGACGCCAAGAUGUCAAAUGUCAGACGUUGCCUCGGCCUCUGGACCUCUGAACUGGGACACGUCUUAAAAUACUGCACUCCUCAGAGAAAUAUGUGCCAGGACAUUUAGUGUCACUGCCUCCCCACAUCCAGCGUUUCAUUUCUUUUCUGACGCUCUUGCACGGUGACAAAAAUAUGUUGGACAGUUGCAAAGCUUCACACUAUUAAAAAUAGCACUCAUCUCUUCACAGAUUCUGUCUUAGUCCUACUGGGCGAUUUGAUUCUAGUCCUGAGGUAUGUGCUCUCUUAGCUCUACAGUGUAGUCCACCUCGUCUUUGAAACAUCCGGAUGCAUUUCACAAUUGUUCAUACUUCCAUUUGGCGUUUUGGGGGUGAACCAAUCAGCACCACGGAGAGCUCCUGCAUCCCUCUGUCGUCAUGGGCAACGCCCCGGUUGUGACCUUCGAGCUGGCACCACACUUCAUUUGAUAUUGAUGUAGACCUUUCUUUCAACAACAAAUCAAACGGCACCACAUUGAAUAGAUUAUCUAUAUAUAUUUCUUCGAGUUGGCCCACUAAGGCAAAAACAGAGAAGUUAUUUCCAGUCGCUUAGCAACCUGGUUACCUGGUCAACUGUCUCUCCUUUGUAACGAUGCCAUUCCACACGUCACACCCGCGCGCGCACUUAUGCGUUACAUUUACCGCCUAAUUGCAUCCCAUGUGCAGUGAUGUGAUCACGUCGCUGCGUAAUAUUUCCCUUCUCCUUUUGUUCCCCAUCGACGGAGCGACGUCAGAGCGCCGGAGAUGUCUCAACGCAGGCGACAGCCCCCCCGCCCCCCCGCCGCCCCGGAGCAGACUGCCCCUUUAAGGGUUAUGUAGCCGGGCCGGCCGAUGUGGGACGAGCCGACCGCGCGUCAGCCCGCCUGCGCUCCCGCUGCCAUCCCCGUCAUGGCCUCCGCGCGGCCGCCAGCGACACCAGCGAGGAUGAACCGAGCAGCCAGCGGCGCUUCCCUUCCCGACGCGGAGACGGACGUCAAGCCGAAGCAGAGGCACCGGUAGAGGCGAGCCGCGCCGGGGGGAGAGCCGCUUCACGUCCCGUGCCACCCCGGUCUCCUCCAUGCCUUCGUCUAAAGCCAAGCACAGCUAUUCGACAAAGGGGGGGGCGAACCCGGGCGGCGGCAGGAACAUGACAACCAGCAGGGAUUAUUCCGUCAAUCUGUCGGUGCAGCAGGUGCUGAGCCUUUGGGUGCAGGGCACGACGCUGCAGCACUUCACAGAGAUGUGGUACUGGGUGUUCCUGUGGUGUCUCUUCUCCUCGCUCUUCCUCCACGGGGCGGCGGGGCUGCUCAUGUUGGUCAUGCUGCAGCGCCACAAGAGGGGCCGCCUCAUCACCCUGGUGCUGGUCAGCGCCGGGUUCCUGGCCUCGCUCUCCGGCGGCGUCAUCACCAGCGCGGCGGUGGCGGGGGUGUACCGCGUGGCGGGGAAGGACAUGGCGCCGCUGGAGGCCCUGGUGUUCGGCGUGGGCCAGACCGCCCUCUCCGUCGUCAUAUCCUUCUCACGCGUCCUCGCCACUCUGUGAAGCGGAGCCUCCGCUGGACGAGCUGCAGCGCCGACGCGGAGGCGACCGCGAGCCACUCGGAGCCAUUGGAAGAGGAGAAAUGCGCCGGACCUUUUUAGGAGGGGGGCUCGAUGGCAGACGGACACAUCGUCAUCCUCAGCUCCUGGACUCAAAAGCCAUGUUUUGUUUGGGUGGGUCCGGAGUUGCAUCACUUCUUCGUGCCAACAGCCUUCUCUGGGACAUCCAGAUGCCUUUGUAUGGCCACUGACUCUCGAAGGCUUUUUGUUGCACCUUUGCUUUGCACGCUUUCCUCCCCAGAUGCGGAGAUUCUUACGUCCGUACGCUAAAUAUGAACAUAGAGGGUUAGCUUAGCAUAAUGACUGGAAGGAGAAAGUUAUCAGUGUAAAGAAGGGAGUCCACACUCGGAACUCAGUGGUACUGAUGUAAUUUGGUCUGUACCAUGAACAGUACAGAGUUCGGUACCCAAUAGAUCCUGGUAGGCAGAUCUGGGCUACUUCAAGUCUUUGUGCUAAGCUAAGCUAACUGGACGCUGGCCAAUGAUCGUGUACACCUGAGCGUGCUGUCAAUCUUCUCUUGUAACGCUCAGCGAGAAGGAGAGUAAAGGUUGGAAUAUUCCUUUAGAGCCUGGACGAGCUCUCCGAAGUGGUUCAGGUCUGGUUAGCGGAAGAUAAGCUUCCUCCUUUUCAGGUCUUAAGAAGGACGGGAAGGGGGGUCGGGUUUGCUGCUCGAGACUCACAUUUUCAGACAAAAUGUUCUGUAUUUGGUGCAUAUUGUGGUGCAGGAAUCCAGCUAUGGGGAUUCGGACAUUGUCUGCCGCAUUAUGAAUUUCCCCUGUGGACAGCAGCCCCCCCACCGGAGAAGGUUGGACAGAUUCUGCUGCUCAAGAUGGCCGAUUUUUCUCUGGCUUCCUCUUUUCUUUGUGUUGUUUAUUAACCCAUGUUCCUUAAGUUUGACUUUGCAUAUUGCACUGAAAUGAAUCUGCCUUGUUUUUAGCACUGAUACUGCUCCCGAUGUGACCUAAUGCAGUAACCGCAGUCAUGAUACCCAGAAACCGGUGACGGGUGAAGCAACGAAAGGAAUGUGAUCCAUGUGAUUUACCGUGUUGAUGCAUUAGCUUGAGUUAUUUCACUGGGAAUAGAAAGAAACACUGUUUUUAAUUUAAGCUGAAUGCCCAUAGAUUUCUCUCCAAAGGCCAACAGAUUCUCUUGUGUGCAGCUGGGUGAGAGGAGUCAAUGCCAAAGCACCAAAGCGAACCUUCUAGCUUUAUUUAUCACCUCAUGUGUCAUCUGAUUGACUUCACAGCCACGGUUUAUUCAUUUUAUUCACUUUUAGAGACGCUUGCACGUUGGUCGGACCCGUUGGGACCUGGCAGCACAAAUUUGACCGAACAAAGAAAAAUGAUGUGUGUGUUUCUACGAGGUGUGUGGUUUUGCAGCUCUAAAAAGGUAAUAAUGUUCACAAGAGCUAUGCAACGGACGCAGCUCGCCGCCAGUACCAGCUCCGUGCGCGAGAGGGCGACAUUGCACAGGAAUGAAGUGGCAGCCUGAAUGCCUGGAAGACCAUUGUCUAAUUUGAAAAUGGAUGAAACUGCUGUUUGUGUACGUUCUCUAUACCAAUUUCCUCCAAAUUGGUAAGGGUAUAUUACAGAGAAGACAUCUUAAACACUGCCCCCCCCCCCCCCUCUUUAAUUCACUGAACAUUCUGCACAUUGUCCUCACUAUUUCUUUUUUAAUAUUUUAGAUCAAUUCAGGGACCAAAUGUGAGUUGCUGCUGCCGACUUGCUGUCAGGAGACAUGCGAGUGUCGUCCUUUUGAAUUUGUUGUGUGAAUAGAAUUAGUUUUCCUUGAAAAGGAGGAGGGGUUGUGCUAUUCUUCAGCUGAACCCCCCUCCCCCUAAAGCGUCUCCAAAAGGGUGCGGGAUGUUCAGAGGAGCAGCUCACUUCUUAUUUGUUUCUGCCAAUGAAACCACAAGAGACUGGACUGAAGUUGUCAGAUGAGCUGCACCUCUGGACUGAUACCCAGCAGCAAACCACUGGAUGGUAAACUCCGGUGACGGGAUCGCUCACCAUGGCGACUUCUGUGUCCUUCCCGCCACAGGUCCUGUGAUGCAAACAUCUGAGGAGACACCCACCAACUCCUGGUCCCCAGCUGGACUCGCAGCUGCUCAAUAAUCCUGUCUCAUUAAGGUCAAAGUAGCUGACCCAACCUUAGUCUACUGUCGUCCUCAGUGCGGUGUGUGAAUGGGAUUCCACAAACAAUCCACCGAGAGACAAUGUUGUUAAAAAAUAAUAAUAAGUGGCACUUGUAGAUAAUGUACAACGUGUUCUUUUUUCUACAUUUUUCUACCAGCCAAGCCGCUGAUAUUUAUAACUAUUGCCUAUUUAUGUACAAAUUGUUCCUUCUGUACAUACUCAACGCUCAGUUGGAUUAAAAAUCUUUUGCAGUAUUAAACGCUCAA